GAUGGUCGCGGCAGCAGCGGUUCCCUGCGGCGGUCUUCCGUGAGCAUUACAGGCUCUCCUUCACCAGUGGCCAUCAUGGAGUCUCUCAUUGGACACGUCGACCUUGCUGAGGAGUGCUGGUUCAUUGCGCACAACAAGAUGGGCACUUGCCAAGCUCUUCACCUCGCUGCUGGGGUUGGCCAUGUGGCUUUUCUCGACUUGCUCUGCGAGGCCGAAGCAAACCUUGAUACCAAGACUCGGUUUGACGGCAAGGAGAACUACACUGCGCUUCACGAAGCAGCGUUCUUCAAGCAGACGACGGCGGUAACCAAGCUGCUCACAAUGCGCGCGAAUGCGAAUUCCGAGAACCUCAAAGGGCAGACGCCGCUGCACAUUGCUGCGUCGCAGGGAGGCUACAUCGAAUGCCGAAUCUUGGUCAAGCACCACGCAGACGUCGAGCUGAAGGAUAAGACACACUUCACGGCCUUGGACUCUGCAAUGGAGAGUGGUCGCUAUCCACCUCACAAGCUGUUCCACCUCACUGGCCGCGGAUUCAACGAUCUCUUGAAG